AUGUCGACUACAAUGGCAACACCGGCGAAACUAAAGAACUUGCUUCUCAACCUACACACUCGUUGUAUUGGGCUACAUAUUAAUGAUGUCACACUAAAAGUAUACUUUAGACUACUGAUACGACACCUUCUACAGAUAUCCAGGUCAAAUGCUGCUCAUCCCAAGCAAAGGAGAAGGGCCCAGAUAUUACUAAUAUCACUUUUUGUGUCAGCAGUCACGCUUUUAUCCGGCAUAACAUACGGUACCACCAAAAUUAUUUUAAAGUGCUACAAAUUCUACAAAUACCCAUGGAAAAGGAAGAACAGGAGGCCUGUAAUUAGAAGAACAAGGUCCCAAAUGCAGUUGGAUAGUGGUGCGAGGAUAAUGUACAUCCCUGAAGUGGAGUUAUUAGAUCGUCAGAACUCGAAAGAUAAUAAACAUGAAACUACUAUAGAUAAGAAGAAGAGGAAAAGAAUCUUUAUCCCACCAAAGGAUAACGAUAUAUACGAACAUGACAAAUUUCUUUUUAAAAACGUGGAACUGGAGAGAACGAAAAACUCACAAUUAUUCUACUCGAAGUUUUUGAAUCAGAUGAAUGUUUUAUCUAAAAUCUUAAUUCCAACAGUUUUUGAUAAAAAUUCGUUCCUCUUAGUAGCUCAGAUUUUUUUUUUGGUAAUGAGAACUUGUCUAUCUUUGUUUGUCGCCAAAUUGGAUGGGCAGAUAGUCAAAAAUAUUAUUGCUGGGAGAGGGAGGAGCUUUUUAUGGGACUUGGGGUGCUGGUUUUUAAUUGCUGUUCCAGCUUCUUAUACCAAUAGCGCCAUCAAGUUACUCCAAAGAAAAUUAAGUUUAAACUUUAGAGUAAACCUGACCCGUUAUAUCCAUGAUAUGUACCUGGACAAAAGACUUACAUUUUACAAAUUAAUAUUUGACUCGAAAGCAUCCAAUUCGGUGAUUAAAAAUAUUGACAACUCAAUAACUAACGAUGUUGCAAAAUUUUGCGAUGCCACAUGCUCAGUUUUUGCAAAUAUUGCAAAACCUGUAAUUGAUUUAAUAUUCUUUUCUGUUUAUUUACGUGAUAAUUUGGGUACUGUUGGUGUGGCAGGCAUAUUUGUUAACUAUUUCAUUACCGGGUUCAUUUUAAGAAGGUAUACGCCACCAUUGGGAAAGCUGGCGAGUGAAAGAUCGGCGUCUGAUGGUGAUUACUACAACUAUCAUCUAAAUAUGAUCAACAAUAGCGAAGAAAUUGCGUUUUAUCAAGGAACAGCUGUAGAAAGAACAAAAGUUAAAGAGCUAUAUGAUAUACUAAUGGAAAGAAUGCUAUUGGUCGACAAAUGCAAAUUUGGUUAUAACAUGCUUGAAGACUAUGUUUUGAAAUACACAUGGUCAGGUUUAGGUUAUGUUUUUGCCUCUAUUCCAAUUGUUCUCUCUACCUUAGCAACUGGCAUUAAUGCGGAGGAAAAAAACAUGAAAGAAUUCAUAGUCAAUAAAAGAUUGAUGUUAUCACUUGCGGAUGCGGGUUCAAGAUUGAUGCAUUCAAUAAAGGAUAUUUCACAGCUGACCGGGUAUACAAAUAGGAUUUUUACUCUACUUUCUGCUCUUCAUAGGGUCCAUUCUCUAAACUUUAAUUAUGGCGCCGUUCCUUCAAUAUCAGCGCUGCACACAGAAGACAAUGCAAGAAAUCCAAAUAUGUUAACCAAUGCUGACAAUUCACAAGACGUUAUUCGUGGCACCGUCCAACGCAACUUUAACGGCAUCAGAUUAGAAAACAUAGAUGUAAUAAUUCCAUCCGUAAGGGCAAACGAGGGUAUUAAGUUGAUCAACAAACUAACUUUCCAAAUUCCUUUACAGAUCAAUUCCAUGACUUCAAAGUCCAAUUCCAUACAAGAUUUAUCAAAGGCAAAUGAUAUAAAACUACCAUUUUUACAGGGAUCUGGUUCAAGUCUACUUAUAUUGGGGCCAAAUGGAUGUGGGAAAAGUUCUAUUCAACGUAUUAUAGCGGAUGUUUGGCCAGUAUAUAACAAGAAUGGUCUACUAUCCAUCCCUUCAGAAAAUAACAUAUUCUGCAUUCCUCAAAAACCAUAUUUUAGUAGGGGCGGCACCUUGAGGGACCAAAUUAUCUAUCCAAUGUCUUCGGACGAAUUCUUCGAUAGAGGGUUCAAAGAUAAAGAGUUAGUUCAGAUUUUGGCAGAGGUGAGACUAGACUAUCUUUUGAAAAGAGGCGUUGGAUUAACGUAUUUGGACGCUGUUGCCGAUUGGAAGGAUUUAUUAAGCGGUGGUGAAAAGCAAAGAGUAAACUUUGCUAGAAUUAUGUUCCACAAGCCAUUAUACGUAGUAUUAGAUGAGGCUACAAAUGCAAUUAGUGUUGACAUGGAAGACUAUUUGUUUAACCUUCUGAAGAGAUACAGGUUUAAUUUUAUUUCCAUCUCACAGAGGCCGACGUUGAUCAAAUAUCACGAAAUGUUGUUAGAGAUUGGUGAAAAUCGUGAUGGCAAUUGGCAAUUGCAAGCCAUAGGCACAGACGAAGCAAUUCUAUCAAUUGACAAUGAAAUAGAAGAACUAGAGAAAAAAUUAGAGAAAGUAAGAGGUUGGGAAGAUGAAAGGGAAAAACUGCAGAAAAAGCUUGAAAUCAUUUGA